GGCUUGCAGUGCUCCGUGGGCGCAGCUUGAGAGGAUCGCGCUGCUGUGCAGCACAGGCGCACGGAGCGUGACCCACGAGCGACGUGGAAAAGUCUGUCACUGUGGGGUUUUCAACGGGCGGAAUCCAGCGACCCCGCGUGAACCCACGGAUCGAUCCGCCGCCAGCAUGUUGCAUCGAUUGUCACAUUGAAUCCCCGGCGUGUGAGCCAAGGAGCCGCCGUCAUGGACGGGGGGUUGACUGUGACUUUUAUAUCGGUUGCGAUGUUUGUGGGCUGUUUUGUACUCGGAUUCAUCCCUCUCUUGUUCAAACUCUCUGAGAAAAGCCUGCUGUUUGUCUCCAUCCUCGGGGCAGGGCUCUUGUGUGGGACCGCACUGGCCAUCACCAUCCCGGAGGGAGUCGGCCUACUGGAGGAGUCAUGGAGAGCAUCUUCCUCUGAUGUGUCCUCCGGUCUGAAUGCCAGUGAGAAAAAUAAUAAUAGCAGCUCCAAGGAGAAAGGCCUCUCACCUCAGUUUCUCAUUGGAGGGGCUUUAACCUUCGGCUUCACCUUCAUGUUUGUAGUGGAUCAGAUCGGAAGUUUCCUCUCCAUACGCGACCGAACAACUCGCAUGCCCAACGCCGUCGGCGUCACGGCCACGUUGGGGCUGGUCAUCCAUGCUGCAGCUGAUGGAUUUGCUGUGGGAGCAGCUGUGGCUACGGGUGAAGUAACAGUGCAGGUUAUAGUGUUUCUAGCUGUGAUCCUACACAAGGCGCCUGCGGCUUUUGGCUUGGUCUCCUUUCUGAUGCACGCAGGCCUGGAUAGGAAGUACAUUCAGGGGCAUUUACUCGCCUUUUCAGCAGCAGCACCCAUAAUCGCCGUCCCGACCUACUUCAUAUUACAUGCGUCCGGCAGUUCAUCUCAGAGCCAGCUCACCUCGACAGGAGUGGGAAUGCUCUUCUCCGCUGGUACUUUCCUCUAUGUGGCCACGGUGCACGUUCUCCCCGAGGUCAGCAGCGGCAGGACGGGCCGACGCCCCACUGAAGUCCAGCUGCAGCCUGUAAUCGAGGGCCACCAUCGGCAGCACCUGGGGCUCCUGGAGAGCCUCACACUGAUCCUCGGGGUCGGGCUCCCGAUGCUGCUGGCUCUCGGGCUGCAUGACGACUGAGAAGAAAGCGCCUGGGUCUCACUGGGAAGAGUUACUCCACUUGGCAUGCUGUGUUUCAGUUUCAAUAGGGCUAGCGGUAGUUUGAGUAUCGAUAUGGGUGCAACGAAUCUGACCGCAUUGUGAGAGAAUGGGUAUCCCUUCCAAGAAUCACAAUAAGGGUAUCCUUUGUUGCUAUGUCUGAAGUCAGUAAGCCUUCUCAUUACCCUUUUUACUGUGUGGACCUGAACGCCGUGUUCAGUGGUGUGAUGCCAGUGACCUGAUACAUUUGGAAUAAUGAAAGAAUCUGAUACUGUUAGAGAACUUCUUUCAACUUCUGUCAGCAAAACUUUAAGGCGGUUAAUGUAGGCGGGUACAAAUGACCACUCAAAUCUUUCUUACAUGUCAAAGUUUUUUUUUUUUUUUUUUUUUUAAAUCUGUACAACUGCCAAAACUUGUUGGAUGUGAGUUUUGGUUCGCGCAACUUUUUUUUCUUUGCUGUUUCACAGCUAUAAAAAUAAAAGGCUUUUAAAAAAAUGUAUUCAUUAAAUACUCAACACUG